AUGGACCACGACAGCGAGAAGGCGAAGCUCGACUUCGAUCAGCUCGAGAAGGAAAAAACCGAGAACUCGAAUUCGGUCGAAGAAUAUGACGCGCUUGAGGCAAAGCGAAUCAUGCGGCAGAUCGACCGUCGGCUGGUCGUCACGGUUGGGGCCAUGUACUGCGUCAGUCUGACGGACCGCACGAACCUGUCCGCCGCCGCCAUUGCCGGCAUGCUGGAGGAGCUCAACUUGAUCGAUAAUCGAUACUCUAUCAUAACCCUAGUGUUCUUCGUCAGUUAUGUCAUCUUCCAGCCGCCGUCGACGGUCAUAGUACGCAAACUUGGCCCUCGCAUCCAUCUCGCUUUCAUCACGUCCGCCUGGGGACUCGUCAUGAUCGGGAUGGGGUUCGUCCAGGACUAUAAGACACUCACAGCUUUGCGGGUGAUUCUGGGUCUUUUCGAGGCUGGGUUCUUUCCCAGCUGUGUCUAUCUUCUCUCCACGUGGUAUACCCGAUACGAGGUUGGUAGGAGAUACUCUGCCUUCUACGUCCUUGGCGCUGUCGUGUCUGCCUUCGGUGGAAUCCUUGCUUUCGGUUUGGAACACCUUGACGGGGCUGGUGGACUAAGCGGCUGGCGGUGGAUAUUCAUCGUUGAGGGCAUUAUCACCACCGUGCUUGGAAUCGCGGGGUAUUGGCUGCUGGUCGACUUUCCAGACUCGACGCGGAAGUCUUGGAGGUUCUUGAGCGACCCCCAGCGCGCGUGGGUCGUGCGACGCGUGAACGCUGAUCGUGGCGACGUGGCGACGCCCAAGUUUAAGAUACGGAGGUUCCUUGGUUCCGGUCUGGAUUGGAAAGUCUGGGCAUACGGUCUCAUAGCUUUCGGCAGCACGACGAUGAGCUACGCCAUAGCAUACUUCUUGCCCAUCAUCCUCAACAAAAACCUUGGCUUCGACGUCGGUGCUUCCCAAUGCCUCGUUGCGCCUCCUUACGCCUUUGCGGGCAUCUUCAUGUACGGGAUGGGCUGGUUGGGUGAUAAAUACCACGUCAGGGGUCCCAUCAUCAUCGGCAACAUGGUUGUCUGCCUCAUCGGCUUGCCCAUCCUGGGUUGGCACCCGAACCCCAAGAUCCGAUAUCUGGGUGUUUUUUUUCUUGCGGCCGGAGCAAACUCGAACGUCCCGGCGUCACUGGCCUAUCAGGCUAACAACAUCCGUGGACAAUGGAAACGUGCAUUUGCCAGCGCUACCUGGGUUGGGUUCAGCGGCGUCGGUGGUAUUGCUGGAAGCCUGGUCUUCAGGUCUCAAGAUGCUGCCACAGGUUACAAGCCCGGCCUGUGGGCUUGCAUCGCCUGCUGCUUGCUGAACAUUCUGCUCGUCUGCAUUUGCGACUUGGCAUUCUACUUUGAGAACAAGAAGGCGGACCGAGGCGAGAAGGAGUUGGAAACCUCCAAGGAGGACUUCCAGCCUGGAUUCCGAUACACCUACUGA